ACCAUGAUCAGCUGACUGCUUUGGAGUCUGUUGCUGUCAGAGACCACUUCAUAGUCUAAUGGAAAAUAAUACAAAAUUUGUCGUCUGAGCAUAUUUACGUCACAUUUUAAUCUAUACAUUUCAUAAAUACGUAUCGCCAUAAAAUCAGUGAUAAGCAGCCAUGACAGAGUUCUGGUUAAUUUCUGCUCCUGGAGAGAAGACUUGUCAACAGACAUGGGACAAGAUGAUGCUGGCCACCACCCGCACCAACAACUUGUCCACUAACCACAAAUUCAACAUUCCUGACUUAAAGGUCGGGACACUCGAUGUCUUGGUGGGACUGUCCGAUGAGCUGGCCAAACUGGACUCCUUUGUCGAGAGUGUGGUGAAGAAGGUCGCUCAGUACAUGGCCGACGUGCUGGAGGACAGCCGAGACAAAGUUCAGGAGAACCUGCUGGCCAAUGGAGUUGAUCUGGUUACCUACAUCACAAGGUUUCAGUGGGACAUGGCCAAGUAUCCCAUCAAGCAGUCUUUAAAGAACAUCUCUGAGAUUGUAUCCAAGCAAGUGACACAGAUUGACAAUGACCUGAAGGCCAGGGCCUCUGCCUACAACAAUCUGAAGGGCAACCUGCAGAAUCUGGAGAGGAAGAAUGCGGGGAGUCUACUGACCAGGAGUCUGGCUGACAUUGUCAAAAAGGAGGACUUUGUGCUGGACUCGGAGUAUUUGAUCACAAUGAUUGUGGUUGUACCAAAGACAAGUUAUGCAGACUGGCAAAAGACAUAUGAAACCCUUUCAGAGAUGGUGGUCCCCCGAUCUACAAAUCUGCUGUUUGAGGACCACGAGAGCGGCCUGUUCAGUGUGACCCUCUUCAGGAAGGCCAUCGAUGACUUCAGACUCAAGGCCCGGGAGAACAAAUUCAUGGUGAGGGACUUCCAGUAUAAUGAGGAGGAGAUGAAGGCAGACAAGGAGGAGAUGACCCGGCUUUCCACCGACAAGAAGAAGCAGUUUGGCCCUCUGGUGCGAUGGCUGAAGGUGAACUUCAGUGAGGCCUUCAUUGCCUGGAUCCACAUCAAAGCCCUGAGAGUGUUUGUGGAGUCGGUCUUAAGGUACGGCCUGCCUGUGAACUUCCAGGCCAUGCUGCUGCAGACCAACAAGAAGACCAUGAAGAAGCUGCGAGAGGUUCUGUAUGACCUGUACAAGCAUCUGGACAGUAGUGCCGCCUCCAUCAUGGAUCAGCCUGCCAUGGACAUCCCAGGUCUGAACCUCAGCCAGCAGGAGUACUACCCCUAUGUGUACUAUAAGAUCGAUUGCAACCUCUUAGACUUCAAAUAGAGCUCGCAACUGGGGGCCUGUGGCCACUCUUUGGUCUCGCUCUGUCUAUGUGUUGAAAAUGGACUGACCAGGGCAGCUCUUGAUUGGUCUGACUCUUCCCUACACCCACCCCAUCUUGCUCUCUUUGCAUGCUCAUUGGGUGACCAGACAUACUGUUUCUCCCCCCUCCUCCAGGUACAAGAUGCAUUCUGCAGCUUAAUUUAUAGUGUCCUGAUUGUAUUUUUCCAAAAUGUGUACAUUUUGUCAUGUUGUGAAAGGAGAGAUGUGUUGCUCAACUGCAGUGUGUGUGUGUGUGUGUGUGUACCGCCUCAUUUCCCUUUACCAGCGUAGCUGGGUGAGCUGCCCCAUUAUCGACCCUUGAACUCUUCACUGUUUCAAUGGGGGUCUUUGGUGGGCUGUUUAUGAACAGCAGAGAAUCUGGUCACCCUCUGCUCAUUCCACUUGGCAAAGUAACUUCUCACUGCCCGGGGACAGAGCGCACAGUUUACGAUUUUGUUUACAUUUUGUCUUUCCUGAGAUUAUCAGAGUAUUCAUGUUUGUGCUUUUAAAAAUAACAUCAGAAUAUUCAGAUGUCUUCUUGAAUGAAUCAGGUUUACUUGCGUCACACUUGAAACACUGUAUUUUCAGUCAUUCCACCUUGGUGUAGUGUUGUGUGGUAGAUGUUUUGAUCAUUGGUCACUGAUCAUUGAGCUGCUGGUUUGUGAUGGGUGAGAUGUUGGCUUGUGCAGGGACAUCAGGUCAGCGUUUACCAUGUUUAGUCUUUAUUGAAGCACAGUCUUGGUUCUCCUCAAGAGCAGAUGAUCAUGUCUGAAAGGAUGUAAUUUAUUAUGUGUUGUCAUGUUCUGUAUAUUUGGUGUGAAGAUAAACAUAUAUCUAAAACUAUAUAUAUGUAUACAUUAAGUGUUAUCAAUGUCUGAUGUUGACUUGAAACAAUAAAAUACUUUAACGUGC